AUGAGCUCCAAACAGCGUGGAAAGGGUAAUCGUCGUGGUGGAGGAGCUUCCAACCAAAAACAAUAUCGUAAUGUGAAAUCUAAUCGGAAUUGUGAACGAUCCUUUGCUCAAAGAGAGAGCGAACUUGCUUCGGAUUCUGAUGAUACCAGUUCAUCUUCAUCGGAGCAUGACAUUGAAGGCCAUGGAACCCAACCAGAUUUCCCCGUUGCAAUGUGGGACUUAAACCACUGUGAUCCAAAAAAAUGUUCCGGGAGGAAAUUAGCACGUUUGGGGUUGAUUGAAAAUCUUCGCCUAGGACAGAAAUUUGCGGGACUUACCCUAUCUCCUGUGGGUGUACACUGUGUGAGUCCAUUGGAUAGAGAAAUUCUUCAGUCUUCAGGGUGCGCAGUUAUCGAUUGUUCAUGGGCAAAGCUAGAUGAAACGCCCUUUUCAAGGAUGAAAAGUCCACAUCCACGCCUUCUGCCAUUUCUUGUGGCAGCCAAUCCUAUCAACUACGGCAAACCAUGUAAACUGAGCUGUGUGGAAGCAAUCGCUGCAACUUUAUACAUUUGCGGAUUUCGUUCGGAAGCCCAGUGGUACAUGGGAAAGUUCUCGUGGGGUCAUUCGUUCAUAGAGCUUAACGAGUCUUUACUAGAAAGAUAUGCAGCUUGCAAAUCCAGCGAAGAAAUUCUUGAAGUGCAAAACAGUUACAUCAACGAAGAGCAAAUUGCCCGAAAUCAACCAAAAGAUUACAAGGAAUUUUACCCAACCAGUAGUAGUAGUUCAGAAGAUGACGAAUAA